GGAAGAGUUAGGGUGGCUGUAAGAUUGAGACCACGAAAUGCUGAAGAAAUGAUGGCUGAUGCUGAUUUUGCUGACUGUGUUGAAUUACAACCGGAGCUUAAAAGACUGAAACUUCGUAGAAACAAUUGGGAUUCUGACACAUAUGAGUUUGAUGAGGUGCUUACUGAAUUUGCAUCACAGAAACGUGUCUAUGAAGUUGUGGCUAAGCCAGUUGUGGAGAGUGUUCUUGAUGGUUAUAAUGGGACUGUGAUGGCUUAUGGUCAAACUGGAACUGGGAAAACUUUUACAUUUGGACGACUUGGGGAAGUUGACACUUCUGAUCGUGGUAUCAUGGUCCGUUCCAUGGAGGAUAUUUUUACUGACUUGUCACCCAAUACUGAUUCUGUCACAGUCUCGUAUCUCCAGGUUGCUACUUACGUGUGCAUUACUGCUUUUUGCAUCAUUAUUACUUUUAUCUUCUAG